CCCUCUGCCAGCGUUUCUCUAGCUGAUCGGAGAAGACCCGAGGGGUGGGCAGCAGCUUCUUCCCAUUGCAUUAGUUCAGCGAGCAGCAAGCACGUACUGUUGUUGGAAAGGGGCCUCAGUCUGCAGGGGAGAGGCCCCCACAGCUCAGAGCAGCAAGAGGCUCUGCUGGAACUGCCUGUCUCGCCUGGAGCCAAGCGAGCGGUCUUGGGAGGAGGAGGCGGCGGCGGCGGCGAGGAAAGGGGAGAGACGUGUCCUUUCUAGAAGGAUUGCAGGACAAGCAACAGAACAGCAGGAUCAGAAGCCCCCGUUCCUUUGCAGGGUAUGAGCCACCACGUUCCUUAUCAGACGCGUUGCGCGUGAUUAGGUACUCUGCCCUCGUUCCCCGCCUGGAGAUGUUUGCAGUGGAGUGUUGUUGUGCCCACGAUCCAGGUGAAUGUUGCAACAUCUGCCCUUCUCCCGCUGCGGCGGCGGCUGCCACAGACAAAAGAGCUGCGUGCAGAUUCCCCCAAGAAUGCAGCAGUGUUGAAAGCGAUGAGACUUUGUCUUCUGGGUACAAUUCGGCAAAUGGAGACAGCUGCGAGUCCUUACCUGAAGUUGUGGCCUGUGAUCCUAGCAGUUUGAUACCCCAGAACAACCUGCUAGAGGUUAUGCACAGUUUUUCCGUUCACAAGCAUUUCUCCUGGUGUGUUGACUACAGACAGCCUUACCUUUUGCUAGAUGACAAUCAAAACAAAACCAAUGAAAAGAAAGAGAAGAAAAUGGUUGCUCAGAAACCCCUUGGAACUAUAGAAUAUACUGCUGGAAGUCAGGACACCCUAAACAGCAUAGCAUUGAAAUUUAACAUCACUCCAAACAGACUUGUGGAGCUCAAUAGGCUGUUCACACACACAAUUGUUCCAGGGCAGGUUCUCUAUGUCCCAGAUACUGACCACUGUUCCAGUGCUGCUAGGUUAGCGUCUUCCAGUCCUGGUGCUCCUGUUUCUCCUUCAUCAUCAGAUGCUGAAUAUGAUAAACUUCCUGAUGCUGACUUGGCAAGAAAGGCCUUCAAACCAAUUGAGAGAGUCCUGUCAUCUACCUCGGAGGAAGAUGAACCAAUAGUUGUCAAAUUUUUAAAAAUGAAUUGCCGUUACUUCACAGAUGGCAAGGGUGUAGUUGGGGGUGUCAUGAUAGUGACUCCAAACAACAUCAUGUUUGACCCACAUAAGUCGGAUCCUCUGGUAAUUGAGAAUGGCUGUGAAGAGUAUGGGCUCAUCUGCCCUAUGGAGGAGGUUGUCUCGAUAGCCCUCUACAAUGAUAUUUCUCACAUGAAGAUUAAAGAUGCCCUGCCAUCUGACAUUCCAAAGGAUCUUUGUCCUUUGUACAGGCCAGGAGAGUGGGAAGACCUUUCCUCUGAGAAAGAUAUCAACCCUUUCAGCAAAUUCAAGUCCCUGAGCAAGGAGAAGAGGCAGCAAAAUGGGGAUGAUUCCAAAUCAAUAAAGUCUUUGGACAAGGAGAAGUCUGCAGAUUUUGAACUUCUUAAGCCUUCUGACAGUACUGUUUCAAUGGAAUCUAAGUCACUGGAACCUCCCAAUGACAUGGCCUCCGCUGAACCAUCUGAAAGGUCUGCUGUAGGGGGACAUACCAAGGAACCUUCUGGGGGAAAAGCUGCUUCAGAUUCCAAAACCAAAGAACAUUCCCUUAUUGGAGGAGGAGAUGAUGACUUCGUUGAACUGCAAGAGACUGCAUCUCCUACAAAUACCAGAUUAGACAGAAAAGAUGCAGUAAGAGAAGGUUUUUCUUUUGACCCCAAGGAGUCAGGGAAAGCCAGGUCACAAGUAACCAAAUCUCUUUCAGAAGUCCAGGACCUACUGGCAUUUGAUUCCUUGGACACAAAGAAUGAUGUUGAACCCAAAGCUGAUAUAGACUUAGAAUCAUGUGAGAAGCAAGAUGUCAUGCCAGAAGUAAACAAGUGUGCCAGUUCCCCGACAGGUAAGGUGGAGACUACACUGGACACUCAAAAGGAGCUAGAUAAAAACAAACUUAUUGAGUUUUACCUCAAUAAAGAUAAAGAUGGGUCACAGUCUUCUGAAAACCUACAUAAGGCUGGAAUUGGUGAAGGUGAAAACAAUAAAGUAACAGGCAUAGACCUCACACUUAGCUGUUCAGAGUCCCAAGUUAACAAACUUCUUACAGUUAAAAGUGGGGAGCCCGAUUCAAGCUGCAUUGAAAGGAAAGAGCCUUCACUGGAAGUCAACUUGCCUGCAGUGGAGGAAAAGGAUCUUAAAGAGUCUGUGAAAUCUUCAUCGGUACCAUCUCUGGACAAGGCGUGUCAAGAAACACAGUUGGACAAUAACUCAGAAAUCAGACUGUGGCUGUUACAGAGAAUUCAAGUACCAAUUGAAGAUAUGCUUCCUUCAAAAGAGGAGAAAAGCAAGACCCCUCCAAUGUUCCUGUGUAUCAAAGUGGGCAAGCCAAUGAGAAAAUCCUUUGUUACUCAAAGCACCACCAUGGCACAGCAGUAUGGUAAAAGGAGAAAGCAGCCGGAGUACUGGUUUGCUGUUCCUCGGGAAAGGGUAGAUCAUCUGUAUACGUUUUUUGUUCAGUGGUCACCAGAAGUAUAUGGAAAAGAUGCCAAAGAGCAAGGUUUUGUCGUGGUGGAAAAGGAGGAGCUUGAUAUGAUAGACAACUUCUUCAGUGAGCCAUCAACUAAAAGCUGGGAGAUUAUCACUGUAGAAGAGGCAAAGCGUCGAAAGAGCAUUUGCAGUUACUAUGAGGAAGAUGACGAUGAUUCUUUACCUGUCCUAAAGCACCACAGCGCGCUCCUAGAGAAUAUGCACAUAGAACAGCUUGCGCGCUGUCUGCCAGCAAGAGUGCAGGGAUAUCCAUGGCGGCUUGCAUAUAGCACGUUGGAGCAUGGAACCAGCCUGAAAACUCUGUACAGGAAAUCAGCGUCUCUUGACAGUCCAGUCCUCCUUGUCGUCAAAGAUAUGGACAACCAGAUAUUUGGAGCAUAUGCAACACAUCCUUUCAGAUUUAGUGACCACUAUUACGGCACAGGCGAAACUUUCCUCUACACGUUUAGUCCAAACUUCAAGGUGUUUAAGUGGUCUGGAGAAAACACCUACUUUAUCAAUGGAGAUACCAGCUCUCUAGAACUUGGAGGGGGAGGUGGUCGAUUUGGUUUAUGGCUGGAUGCUGAUUUGUAUCAUGGGCGAAGCAACUCCUGCAGCACCUUCAAUAAUGACAUCUUAUCCAAGAAGGAAGAUUUCAUAAUACAAGAUGUGGAAGUAUGGACAUUUGAGUGAAAUAAGGACUGCCUUAUGGACUGGGUUCAUUGAGGAUGCUGAAAGCUAAAGCCCCAGCACAGGCCUCACAGUGUAACACUUUUUCUUUCUGAUAUCCCAGCAGAACACGGCUACACAAAAACGUUCUGAGAGCCAAUUUUAAGAGGCAGAAAUGUAGAAAACAAUAAGAGGACCAAGUGUGUGUGAGUGUUUUUACUCUCUUCCCACCAACACUCCUUCAGUAAGGAAACAAGAUGCUAAUGAAGACAUUCAUGGUGUAUGAAUUUGUUUAAAGCAGUUUUGUUUUUUAUUUUCUGUAACUGUGGAAAAAAUACUGUGGGGGGAAAAUAUAUAUAUAUAUAUAUACAGUACAUUCCAUGUGUAUUUAUAUUACAUGUAAGUGCUAACCAAAAAGAAAAUCUACAACAUACUUUCUGUUUGCCAUGAAAACAAUAAUAAUCUGAAAUAGAUGAACAGAGCACUUAAAGGGAACAUGGUUUUUUUUAAAUCUUUUUAUUUAUUGUUCAUUGUAUAGUACAUUUGUUUAAAAUGUAGUAGGUAUGUUUUUUUCUUUUAAUGUUUAAAACCUCAGAAUUUGACAGAAAAAUACUACUGAGGUGUUUUUCAUAUGUGUUGGCAACAAAUCCAUUUGAUUUCUAAAGUUAGUUUUAUAUAUAUAUAUAUAUAUAUAUAUUAUUUUGUAAAUGAAACUUUUUUGUUUCUGUUUUGUUGUUGCCCUAAUUUAGGGGUUUUGUUUUUUGGCAGAAACUCUGAGUGCAUAAUUCUGGAUUACUUUCAGAGGGUGGGAGAGAGGUGGGUGCUGUCAGCUUUCAUUAUUGACUCUGCUGCCAUCUUCCUAUUGAUCGGGUGUUCUACUGGCAAUAUAUGGGACAGCAGGGCACAUUCUUAGGUAGCGUAACUUGUCGUAGCUUCAUUGACUUCAGUAGAGCUGUGACAGUUUAUACCAGCUCAGGAUCUCCCCCAACAUGUUUAUAUUCAUGACUAAGAAAAUGUCUGAAAAGAAACACAGGUUGGUUUUUUCAGCCACUUGCGUGGUGGCACAGAAAACUAGCUCUGUUUCAUUAGUCUUACCUACAAAUUUAAAAAAAAAAAAAAAAAAAAUCUUGUUUUUUAAUAGGGAGAAAAAUGUAAUGUGAAAAGUUGGAAGGAAUGUUCUUUCCCAUAUAGGCCAUAUUAUGUUGGUGUAAAAACUGUUUUUCUUGGUCAUUCUUAUUUGGUUUCCUUCCUGAAAAAGGCUUGAACCAACAUGCUAACUUAUGCUUUUACAAGUAACUAAUUAUUUCUUUUUUGGUUUAAUGAAGUGGCAUUUAAAUGCUGACCAGAAUUUUUUCUCUGGAGGGACAUUUCAUUUAUGAAAGGCAGAGCUGAACUCUAAUCCAGUUAGUGCUGUGAAAACACCAACAGAUACAAAAGAUAACUGAAGGAAAUAAGAAAAUACUUUUCUUUAUGGUAUGUGACCAAUUCUGCCUUGUCAAAAAACAUGGCUUUGUGGGUGUUUUUGUUUAAAAAAAAAAUUAUUUAAAUGAUAAUCUCUGCUGGUAGGAAAGGAAUACUGUCCUGCCUUUAGAGUUCAAAGCAAAAUGUAACACAUCAUACUGAAUCCAAUUAAUCAUCUUAAAAGAAGUCAGGUUAGAAAUGGUGUUGCACUCAUACUCAAAAAUGCACUGUAAACACUUGGAAUAUUCCACCACAGUAGUACAACUCCAGUUAGUUACUACUGUUCACCCUCUUCUCCCAUCCCCCAGAAAUAAAAGGGAACAACUUAGAUGCCAAGCAUCAAUCAGUCUUAAAGUCCACACAGAGGUUUCAUGCAGUUAAAAACUGAUGCUGUAAAAAUAAGAAGUCUGUAACACAGUGCACAUAAGCUAUUAACACUGUUUUCUACCACUUGGUCUAUCCAUAAAAAAAAGUUCUGAUGGAUUUAGCUGUAAGAUAUUUCAGAACCUGCUAAUAGCAUAGUGCUUUGAGAGAUGCUAGGAAUGUCCAAUAAUGUCUGCCAUUUUGGCCAGUUGCAUACCCCUUACUAGUUACAAGCAAAAAAAAUUGUCAUUUUACAUACCUAUCUCUCUUAUUUACCUACAGUUUAUUCCAUUACUCUGUACUUGUCAGAGCAUAUCUAAACGCUGUGUUCUGUAUUCAGCAGUGUUGUUCAUUAAAACUUCUGUGACCCUUUACACUUUAAACUAUGAAUAUUGAAUAUAUGUAAUGCAAUGCUAUCGCAAUAUUUUCAAUAAAGGAGUUUAUGCAUUCAGA